AUGAGGAAACACAUUAAAUCCUAUGUUAUUUUCCUUACCAUCAUCAUCCUAAUUUGCCCAACCCAAUGGGUACUAUCAGUGCAUGCACACUCCGAUUUAGACACCCUAUUAAAGCUCAAAUCCUCCCUAAUCGGGCCUUCUGGUUCGGGCCUCGACGACUGGGCCCACCCGCCGCCAUCCUCCCACUGCUCCUUCUCCGGCAUCACGUGCGAUGCCAAUGCCCGUGUGACGUCGCUGAACCUCACCGGCAUACCGCUCGCCGGCACCAUCCCGCCGGAAAUCGGCCUCCUCACCCGGCUCGUGAACCUCACGCUUGCCGACGAUAGCCUCACGGGCCCUAUCCCCGUGGAAAUGUCCCUCUUGACCUCGCUCAAACGCGUCAACCUGAGCAGCAACCUUUUCAACGGCACGAUUCUCGGCGAGAUUGUGGCCAACCUAACCGACCUCGAGAUAUUCGACGUCUACAACAACAACCUCUCCGGUUACCUUACCGUGCAGUUUGUGCGGCUAAAAAGACUGCGGGUUCUCAACCUCGGCGGGAAUUACUUCUCCGGCGAAAUCCCGGAGGCAUACUCCGACUUCCCGGCGCUGACGUGCCUUGCCCUGCAAGGAAAUAGCCUCGCCGGAAAAAUCCCGGCCAGCUUGGCCAGAAUCCCUAACCUGGAGGAGCUCUACCUGGGGUACUACAACAGCUUCUCUGGCGGGAUACCGCCGGAGUUGGGGUUCAUACCCAACCUCAAAAUUCUGGACCUCGCCAUGUGCAACCUCUCCGGCGAGAUUCCGGCGACCCUCGGGAAUUUGCACCGGCUGACCUCCCUGUUCCUUCAGUUCAACCACCUGACAGGCGAAAUCCCGCUGGAAUUCUCGCGCCUGACGAAUUUGAUGUCGCUGGACCUCUCCGACAACAGCCUUACUGGAACGAUUCCGGUAGGGUUCGCCGGAUUAAAGAACCUGACCUUGAUACAUUUGUUCCAGAACAGAUUCCACGGUCCUUUUCCUAGUUUCAUCGGCGAUUUACCCAAUCUCGAGGUUUUACAGAUUUGGAGCAACAAUUUUACGCUGGAGCUGCCGGAGAAUCUUGGCCGGAACGGACGGUUAAUCCGGCUGGACGUAGCCCAUAAUCACCUGACCGGAGUCCUUCCCAGGGAUUUAUGCAGGGGAGGGAGGCUGAAAGUCUUGAUCAUCAUGCAAAAUUUCUUUUACGGCCCCAUUCCCGAGGGGCUCGGGGAGUGCGAGUCCUUGAACCGGGUCCGUCUGGAGAGAAACUUCCUCAACGGCACCAUACCUGGCGGGUUUUUCCGGCUGCCAGUCAUGGACAUGUUCCACGUGGAUAGUAACUAUCUGACCGGAGGUCUGCCGGAAAAUAUCACCGCCAAAAACCUCGGUAGCAUGGUCCUUUCCAACAACUGGUUGUCCGGGAGAAUCCCGGCCUCGGUCGGAAAUUUGAGGAACCUCACGAUCUUGUCCCUCGACAUUAACAGAUUUUCCGGCGAGAUUCCUGGUGAGGUUUUUGGGCUCAAGAAACUAUCAAAGGUUAAUUUUAGUACGAAUAGCUUCACGGGCGGGAUCCCGGCCUCGGUUUCCCAUAAUUCACAUCUGACGUUCAUCGAUUUCAGCGGUAACAACUUAUCUGGUGGGAUCCCGAGGAGCAUUUCCAGGCUGCAGAAUCUAAAUGUCCUCAAUCUGUCCAGAAACCGGCUCGAAGGCCCGGUCCCAGAGGAGAUUGGGCUUUUGAAAAGCCUGACACUGUUAGAUCUCUCUUACAACAAUUUUUCCGGCCUGAGGCCCACGAUCGGCCUGUUAAAGGAUCUCGACGACCGUUUUUUUGCUGGGAAUCCUCUGCUCUGCUCGCCUCACAACCAGUUAUGUGCAUCAGCUUUAAGCCUCAAACCAGGAACACACAACACGCGUAAAUCAAAAAUACUGGUUAUAGUCGUUUUAGCAUUAGUUGUUCUGCUGUUACUACUUGUAACAUGGCUCGUGUCCCGAAAAAUGAGGAUUGAGAAUUCAAGAAAAUGGAAACUCACGGCUUUCCAAAAGGUCGACUUCAACGCCCAAGAUGUAAUAAACUGCCUCCAAGACGAGAAUGUGGUCGGCAAGGGUGGGUCCGGUGUCGUCUACCGUGGGAGCAUGCCGAACGGGAUGGACAUUGCCAUAAAAUGGUUAAUCACGCACGAAAACAGCAGAAACGACCGCGGAUUCUCGUCAGAAAUCGAGACGCUCUGGAGGAUCAAGCAUAGGAACAUUGUGAGAUUAUUAGGAUAUGUCUCAAAUCACGAGACGAAGUUAUUACUGUACGAGUACAUGUCCCGAGGGAGUUUGGGGCAGAUGCUCAGGGCUCCGAACGGCCCCCACUUGGACUGGGAGUCGAGGCGUAAAAUCGCGAUGGAUGCGGCUAAAGGGUUGUGCUAUUUGCACCACGACUGCUCACCCUCGAUUAUUCAUAGGGAUGUGAAGUCGAACAACAUCUUAGUGGAUGGGGAGGGUGAGGCCCAUGUUGCAGAUUUCGGGCUGGCCAAGUUUUGGCACGAUGCUGGUGUCUCGUCCGAGUGCAUGUCCUCGGUUGCCGGGUCGUACGGCUACAUUGCGCCCGAAUAUGCGUACACUCUGAGGGUGGAUCAAAAGAGCGAUGUCUACUCCUUUGGUGUUGUACUGCUUGAGCUGAUCACGGGCCGGAAGCCCGUAGGGGAAUUUGGGGAUGGUGUGGAUAUCGUAAGGUGGGUUCGAAAAAUGACGUUCGGGCCUGGGAGCCCAAUCGGCAAUAUAUCCAUGAUUGUGGAUCCCAGACUCGGAGAGUACCCGACAUCGGCUUUGUUAGACUUGUUUAGGAUUGCGAUGAUGUGCGUGGGGGAAGAGAGCUCAGCCCGGCCCACAAUGCGCGAAGUCGUUCACAUGCUCACUAGUCCUCAAGAUUCUAGUCUUAACAUUGUUACUGAUUGA